CUGAGUCGGAGGGAACUUGGGAGAAGUCCGGCCCUGUGCCUCCCCUCCCCGGGGGCCCGGCUUCGUCCGGCGGCCUCCUCUGGACCGGGGUGCCCCGUGAGGGUUAGGGCGCCCGGUGCUGGGGGGACCCGGCAGGUGGCUGCCGCCCCGGGCCAAGCCGAGUUCCUUUCCAGGUUGAGCCCCAGGCAGCUGGAGCCCGCCCCCUUGCAAAGAACUUCAGGAGUUUGGGAUAAUCCGCGUCCAGUCCCCAGAUGGCGUGAAGCGCAUCACGGCCACCAAGAGAGAAACAGCUGCAACGUUUCUGAAAAAGGUUGCGAAGGAGUUUGGCUUCCAGAAUAACGGCUUCUCAGUGUACAUCAACAGAAAUAAGACUGGAGAGAUCACCGCGUCUCCAAACAAGUCGCUCAGCUUGCUGCGGAUCAAGCACGGCGACUUGCUGUUCCUGUUCCCCUCGAGCCUGGCGGGACCCUCGCCGGAGAUGGAGACGCCCGCCGCGCCAGGCCCGAAGGCCCCGGGGGCCGCCCAGGUGGUAGAGGACGAGAUCGACCAGUACCUCAGCAGACAGGACGGGAAGAUCUACCGCAGCCGGGACCCGCAGCUAUGCCGUCACGGCCCCUUGGGGAAGUGUGUUCACUGCGUCCCCCUGGAGCCUUUCGAUGAGGACUACCUGAACCACCUGGAGCCCCCAGUGAAGCACAUGUCCUUCCACGCCUACAUCCGGAAGCUGACUGGGGGCGCCGACAAGGGCAAGUUUGCCGCCCUGGAGAACAUCAGCUGCAAAAUUAAAUCAGGCUGUGAGGGACACCUGCCGUGGCCCAGUGGCAUCUGUACCAAAUGCCAGCCAAGUGCCAUCACACUCAACAGACAGAAGUACAGGCACGUUGACAACAUCAUGUUCGAGAAUCACACCGUGGCCGACCGCUUCCUGGACUUCUGGAGGAAGACUGGGAACCAGCAUUUUGGGUACCUGUAUGGCCGGUACACGGAGCACAAGGACAUCCCCCUGGGCAUCCGGGCCGAGGUGGCCGCCAUCUACGAGCCCCCGCAGAUUGGCACACAGAACAGCCUGGAGCUUCUCGAAGACCCCAAAGCAGAAGUGGUGGAUGAAAUUGCUGCCAAACUCGGCCUGAGGAAGGUUGGCUGGAUAUUCACAGACCUCGUCUCGGAAGACACCCGCAAGGGCACGGUCCGUUACAGUCGCAACAAGGACACCUACUUCCUGAGUUCGGAGGAGUGCAUCACUGCGGGCGACUUUCAGAACAAGCACCCCAACAUGUGCCGCCUCUCCCCCGAUGGGCACUUUGGAUCCAAGUUUGUGACCGCGGUGGCUACAGGUGGCCCUGACAACCAGGUCCACUUCGAAGGCUACCAGGUGUCCAACCAGUGCAUGGCACUGGUACGCGAUGAGUGCCUGCUGCCCUGCAAGGAUGCCCCUGAGCUCGGCUACGCCAAGGAGUCCAGCAGCGAGCAGUACGUGCCUGACGUGUUUUAUAAGGACAUCGACAAGUUUGGCAACGAGAUCACCCAGCUGGCCCGCCCACUGCCCGUGGAAUACCUGAUCAUUGACAUCACAACAACUUUCCCCAAGGAUCCAGUGUACACUUUUUCUAUUUCACAAAAUCCUUUUCCAAUUGAAAACCGGGAUGUCCUGGGUGAGACGCAGGACUUCCACAGUCUGGCCACCUACCUGUCCCAGAACACCUCGUCCGUGUUCCUGGACACCAUCUCUGACUUCCACCUGCUACUCUUUCUGGUCACCAAUGACGUCAUGCCCCUGCAGGACAGCAUCAGCUUGCUGCUGGAGGCCGUGAGAACCAGGAAUGAGGAGCUGGCUCAGACGUGGAAGAAGUCAGAGCAGUGGGCCACCAUCGAGCAACUGUGCAGCACGGUCGGUGUGCAGCUUCCAGGCCUGCAGGAGUAUGGCGCCGUCGGGGGCUCGGCGCGCGCCACCUCAGCAGCCAUGUGGGCCUGCCAGCACUGCACCUUCAUGAACCCCCCGGGCACCGGCCACUGCGAGAUGUGCAGCCUCCCCAGGGCCUAGGGCGAGCCCCACGGGAGCGUGGUAGGGCACACUGCCCUGGGGUCCCCAAAGCUCAGCACAGCUCUUCCCGGAGGCAGUGCCCACUGGGGUUGCGGCUGAACAUGACCUGCAGACACCUCGCAGCUGGCCUGAGAGCCAGGCCUCUGCACCGCCACCUGGAACGGGC